GAAAAAAAAGCCUAAUGAGCGAGCUAAAUAAUAACGGUCAAUUAUUUCAAAUUUCAAAUUUGUGUAGCAGUAAAAGUAAGGAGACGGAGAUUUCAAACCCUCAAACGGUCGAUUAAUUUCAGAUUUCAAAUUUGUGAAGCAGUGAAAGGAAGCAUACUGAAAUCUCUCUCUUAUGGCAGAGGCACAGCCCACCGAUUCCCACGCCGAAUUCCCUGGUUCUUGGUCUUGCAACGUUCUUGGCCUCGAAACACACCCCAAACCGAUCGACAGUGGCCAUGUCGCUGACGACGAAGACUCGACCCUCUCCGCGCUCUGUGUGCCAGGUUCGAGAUUGGUCCGAACUGGGUUUGUUCACUCCACUUUCUCAGAUAGCAUUGUGCUAUUUGUGAAUGCCGGAGGGGAGGCUGUAACGGAAAAUAUAAAUCCCGGGAUUCGAGUUGAGCCUGACGGGUUUUUUCAAGGAGGCGAUGUUCUAAGAACUAACGAGACCAUUGACGGCAGUGAUGUGCCAUCCGUUUAUCAAUCUGCAAGGUUUGGGGAUUUUUCGUACCGUUUUGAGAACCUAUCCCCCGGAGAUUACUUCGUGGAUCUUCACUUUGCGGAAAUUGUAUACACGAAUGGUCCGAAAGGAAUGAGAGUGUUUGAUGUCUUCAUGCAGGAAGAGAAGGUUCUAUCAGGAAUUGAUAUCUAUUCUAUCGUUGGAGCUAAUAAGGCACUACAGUUAGUAGAUGUUGCAGUUUCGGUGGGGGAGGAUGGGGCAAUUUUCAUAAGGUUUGAUGGAGUUAAUGGAAGUCCAAUUGUUGGGGGAAUUUGUAUAAAGCGGGAAGCUACGUUACCUGCAUCAAAGAUGAAACUUGGACAUCUUGUAUGUAACAAUUGUGCUGCUGAGAUAGAAAUUUCAUCUGCUCAGGACAAAUAUAUGAGGUUGGAAUUUACAACCAAGUAUGAAAAGAAGAUAGAGGAUCUGAAGAGACAGUUCCAGCUUAAGACAGAUGAAUGCCAUGAGGCCUGGAUGUCACUGACAUCUGCAAACAAACAGUUACAGAAUAUCACCAUGGAACUCGAUAACAAGUUGUAUGAAAGUCAUUGCUUAGAUCAUGCUAGAGACGAAGCAGAAGCAAAAUUGAGAGAUAUUUCUACUAGAUAUGAGUAUGAUAAGGGGUUGUGGUCCGCAGUUGCUGACAAUUUAGAAAGUAAAGUCAAGUUAAUGAAGGAAGACUAUUCUCAACUAUAUUCUGAAGUGCACAAAUUUAUUGAUGUAAUUCCAGAAUUCAACAAUAUGGUACUUGCAAUUCAAACGAUGGUUGCACAGUCUGAUGAACUUAAGCUUAAGUUCAAUGAGGAGCAGGCAAAGAGGAAGAUACUUUAUAACCAAAUGCAGGAGGCAAAAGGGAACAUUCGGGUGUUUUGUCGGUGUCGCCCGUUGCGGAAAGAUGAGUUAUUAGCUGGGCAUGCAACAGUUGUAAAAUUUGACGCAGCUAAGGAUGGAGAACUUGGGAUACUUACUAGUGGGUCCACUAAAAAGAUGUUCAGAUUUGACAGAGUUUACACACCAGAGGAUGAUCAAGUUGAUGUAUUUGCAGAUGCUUCACCAAUGAUAACCUCAGUGUUAGAUGGUUAUAAUGUUUGCAUAUUUGCCUAUGGGCAAACGGGGACUGGAAAAACUUUCACGAUGGAAGGUUCUGAAACUAAUCGAGGGGUCAAUUACAGGACCUUGGAACAGUUGUUUAAAACCGCUGAGGAAAGGAAAGAAAUUUUUACAUAUAGCAUAUCUGUUAGCGUCCUUGAAGUUUAUAAUGAGCAAAUCAGAGACUUGCUAGCAGCCUCUCCGACAUCAAAAAGGUUGGAGAUGAGGCAAGCUCCUGAAGGUGCUCAUCACAUACCUGGAAUUGUUGAAGCCAAAGUUGAGAGCAUUAAAGAGGUUUGGAAUGUUCUGCAAGCUGGAAGCAGUGCAAGGGCAGUUGGAUCAAACAAUGUGAACGAGCAUAGCAGCCGAUCUCAUUGCAUACUCUGCAUCAUGGUAAAAGCUCAGAAUUUGAUCACUGGUGAGUCCACAAUGAGCAAGCUUUGGCUUGUGGAUUUGGCUGGCAGUGAGAGACUAGCAAAAACCGAAGUUCAAGGGGAACGCCUUAAGGAAGCUCAAAACAUCAAUAGAUCUCUUUCAGCUCUGGGGGAUGUCAUCUCAGCUUUGGCAACAAAAAGAAGCCACAUUCCAUACAGGAAUUCCAAGCUCACGCAUCUACUUCAAGACUCCUUGGGUGGUGAUGCUAAAACUCUAAUGUUUGUCCAAAUAAGCCCGUCUGAGCAGGAUGUAAGUGAGACUCUAAGUUCUCUUAACUUUGCAACACGGGUUCGAGGUGUUGAAUUGGGUCCUGCAAGGAAGCAAAUAGAUACGGGUGAGAUUCAAAAGCUAAAACUAACGCUUGACAAGCUAAAGCAAGAGUUGAAAUCCAAAGAUGAUGAUUUACAUAAAUUAGAAGAGAACUUGCAGAAUCUAGAAGGUAAAGCAAAACGGGAGUUUCAACUGUCUAGAAGUCGACAAGAAAAGAUUAAUGAACUUGAAGACCAGAUUGCUGUGCAGACUGAUGUGUGCAGACGACUGGAAAAUCAGUUGUUGGAACUUUCAGAUGAAGCAAAUGGAAAGAAAGAAUCAUGCUUGAAUCUUCACAAAAAGGUCAAAGAGCUUGAGGACAAGUUGAAAGAACGGGAACAUGCAGAUUCCAUGGUUCUUCAAAACAAGGUCAGGGACCUCGAGAACAAGUUAAAAGAAAGAAAGCAAGAGUAUGAGCACAAUACGGCCGUAAUUCAGCGGAAGGUUCAAGAACUUGAGAAAAGGCUGAUAACGGAGGAAAACAACAAGGGAGCUCUGCAACUGAAGGUUAAAGAGCUUGAAGAGAAAUUGAGACAGAAAGAACAAGAACAUGUGAUAUCGACACUUUGUGGCGACAAGUCAGGUGCCCCAACCCCCAAUGACAGAAAAUCCUGGCCGAGAAGAGAGACUAUUGGCGACAUAGACCCCUUGAGGCUAAGUAACUUGAGCGAUAGUAACCAAAUGACAAGCCAGGAGUCCGUCCUACUAAAGGGAACCGACUCCCUUCGCGAGUUGAGGAGACGAAGAGAGUUGCACAGCAAAGGUCAUGAGAAUGUGAUGUUGCCAGCUACUUUGGCUGACAGGAAGAUGUCAUCAGCCGAAUCCAGCACUGACAAGUCUGGAGACCAAAAACCACGGUCCAGGAUCACAAGAAGUUUAACAAGACCGGCAGCCACUGGUCAAAAACCAGGCCCUUCGAACCCGGGCAACAAAAACUAUAGAGAUCAGGUUCCAGGUUCCAGGUCAAGGACUUGGUUACGAUAAAGACAAGGCCUCCUUAAAAAUGUUCCAUGACCAUAUUCUGACAUCCUCCAGAUGUUUGAGAUGUUACAUAUGAGCAGUAAAGGUUUGAGACUAGUAGAGAAUGUAAAUCCGUACGUUUGAGUUACAAAGAUCAAUGAAUUGUUGCACUGUAUCAAUUGUCCAAGCAAUCUUUGGAAUGGAAGUUCGGUUUUUUCUCCGA